AUGACCAUGAGUGCAGCUGCACCUCUGCUCAAAAAGAAGAGAAAGGAUUUUAUCCCUUAUUUUUUGGGGUUAGUGUUAUUUUUGUAUUGCACCGUCCACCUCGUAUCAUUCACAGCAGCAGCAAGAGAACCCCACUCUGCCAGGGUACGUCGUGCUCUCGACAACGAGACAGAAUGCAUCUCGCCACAGUCCUCUGAGUUUCCUGAAGGCUUUUUCACAGUACAAGAGAGAAAGGAUGGAGGACUUGUCAUAUAUUUCAUGCUUAUUUUCUACAUGCUUUUGGCUGUUGCAAUAGUAUGUGAUGAUUACUUUCUGCCAUCCCUGGAAGUUAUCAGUGAGCGCCUGGGGCUGUCUCAAGAUGUAGCUGGAGCUACAUUUAUGGCAGCUGGGAGCUCGGCUCCUGAACUGGUCACAGCCUUUCUGGGAGUCUUUGUGACAAAGGGCGACAUUGGAGUGAGCACCAUAGUGGGAUCAGCAGUUUACAACCUCCUAGGAAUCUGUGCUGCAUGUGGACUCCUGACCUCUGUGGCAUGCCGUCUUACGUGCUGGCCACUGUUCAGGGACUGUCUGGCAUAUGGCAUCAGUGUCUCUGCUGUUAUUGCCAUCAUCUCUGAUAACAGAGUGUACUGGUAUGACGCUGCCUGUCUGCUGCUGGUGUAUGGGGUCUACAUCGUGGUUCUGUGUUUCGAUCUUCGCAUCAGUGAGUUCGUCCUGAGAAAGCUGAGUCCCUGCUGCACCUGUCUGGGUAAGGGGUCUGGGGGGCAUGCAGAGACGCAGCCGCUAAUGGGCUGGAAUAAUGACACCAGUCUGAGAGUCCACAGCCGUUCAAGAACAGACAGUGGGAUUUUCCAGGAUGACUCAGGAUAUUCACACCUUUCUCUCAGCCUGCACGGCCUCAAUGAGAUUCCUGAAGAGCAAAAAAGCAUGUUUGCCAUGCCAGAGAAUGAUUUGAAGAGGAUCCUUUGGGUGCUGUCUCUGCCGGUCAUCGUUCUGCUCUUCCUGACCAUCCCUGACUGCAGGAGGAGGUUCUGGAAACAGUGGUUCAUGAUAACCUUCCUCAUGUCCGCUGUCUGGAUCUCAGCUUUCACAUACGUGCUGGUGUGGAUGGUCACUGUUGUUGGAGAGACCCUGGGUAUCCCUGAUACAGUGAUGGGACUGACUCUGUUGGCUGCUGGAACCAGUAUACCUGACACUGUAGCCAGUGUGAUGGUAGCCAGAGAAGGGAAAGCUGACAUGGCAAUGUCCAACAUUGUGGGCUCAAAUGUGUUUGACAUGCUGUGUCUGGGACUACCUUGGUUCAUUAAGACAGCAUUUGUGGACACAAAUAACCCUGUAGAAGUGAACAGCACUGGACUGGUCUUCAUUUCCUCCACACUCCUGCUUUCCAUCAUCUUGCUUUUCGUAGCAGUCCAUGUGAACAGAUGGAAGUUGGACUGGAAACUAGGAAUCGUUACACUCAUCUGCUACAUCCUUUUUGCCACUCUGUCAAUUCUGUACGAAUUGGGGAUCAUUGGGAACAACCCGAUUACACUGUGCAGUGACUGA